CCUCAGCAGCCUCUCUUCCUCCUGGCAAAGCGUCCAGCCCCUGCCUGCUCCUCCCCGGGUCCAGGGCGCCUCCGGCAGGCGCUUCCCUCCCGCCCUCCCUCCCUCCUCCGGUGGCCGCCGCCUCCUCCCCUCUCCUGCUCCAGUCCCCUUUCACCCCAUCCCUGCCCCGACUCUGCAAACAUGAGGGUCUUGGCCUGCAUCCUCGCGGCUCUGAUGGGGAUCCAGGCUGUUGAGCGGCUGCGUCUGGCGGACGGCCCCCAUGGGUGUGCUGGCCGGCUGGAGGUGUGGCACGGCGGGCGCUGGGGGACCGUGUGCGACGACGGAUGGGACCUGCGUGACGCCGCUGUGGCCUGCCGGGAGCUGGGCUGUGGGGGGGCGCUGGCCGCCCCUGGAGGUGCCUUCUUCGGGGAGGGCGUGGGGCCCGUGUGGCUGAGCGAGCUGGCCUGCCGGGGCAGCGAGGGGCAGCUGGGCCUCUGCCCCCACCGGGGCUGGAAGGCCCACAUCUGCUCCCACGAGGAGGACGCCGGCGUCGUCUGUGCAGGUCAGCGUGUGGCCAACGCAAGGGACAGAGAUGAGUCACCUUCGGUCCUGGAUGGGCACUCCUUGCUGGGGCUGUCUGGGGAGCUGAGCCCGGGCUCUGAGGAGCCUCCCGUGACCCACGCCCCUCGCCCAGCCGGGAACCCCCAGAACAGCUCCCGGAAGAAGAGCCCCCGGCCGCCUAAGCAGGCCAAGUCCACCAGGGCCCCUUUGCUGACGGCCGGAGCCCCCCGCCAGGAGCGGCUACGCCUGGUCUCCGGCCCCCACGGGUGCUCGGGCCGGCUGGAGGUGUGGCACGGCGGGCGCUGGGGAACCGUGUGCGACGACGGAUGGGACCUGCGUGAUGCCGCUGUGGCCUGCCGGGAGCUGGGCUGUGGGGGGGCGCUGGCCGCCCCUGGAGGGGCGAGAUUCGGCCCAGGCUCCGGGCCUGUGUGGAUGGAUGAUGUAGGAUGCGGAGGCGGAGAGCAGGCCUUGCGGGACUGUCCCCGAAGCCCCUGGGGUCGGAGCAACUGUGACCACAGCGAGGACGCAGGGCUGGUCUGCACUGGCCCGGCCCCCCGGCUGCGCCUGGCUGACGGCCCCCAUGGGUGUGCUGGCCGCCUGGAGGUGUGGCACGGGGGGCGCUGGGGGUCUGUGUGUGACGAUGCCUGGGACCUGCGUGAUGCUGCCGUGGCCUGCCGGGAGCUGGGCUGCGGGGGGGCGCUGGCCGCCCCCGGAGGUGCCUUUUUUGGGGAGGGGGCUGGACCCAUCCUCCUGGACGACCUUCGGUGUCGGGGGAACGAGACAGCCUUGCGAUUCUGCCCGGCACGGCCCUGGGGCCAGCAUGACUGCCAUCACCGAGAGGACGCGGGGGCCGUGUGUGACGGUAUGCCUCUCGGCUAUGUCCCUCCCACGGCCCCUGCCGUGGACGGCAACAGCUCGAUGCCCAGGAAGGUGGUGUCCGGGCCCCCACCCCCUGUGGUGAGCCAGGCCCCGCGGACAGCAGGCGUUCCACCUCCGCCUGCCUCCCCCACUGCCCCUCAGGAGCCUGGGCCUGAAGCUGGGUCCCCCCAGCUGCGCCUGGUGGCUGGGCCCAGCAGGUGCUCAGGCCGGCUGGAGGUGUGGCACAGCGGGCGCUGGGGGACAGUGUGUGAUGACAGCUGGGACCUGCGGGACUCGGCCGUAGUCUGCCGGGAGCUGGGCUGCGGUGGAGCUCGGCAGCCAGACCCCGCUGCUGGCCGAUUCGGCUGGGGCGCUGGCCCCAUCUGGCUGGAUGAUGUGCGGUGCGUGGGCACCGAGGCGUCGCUAUUCCAGUGCCCUGCCGCUCCCUGGGGGAAGCACAACUGCGCUCACAAUGAGGACGUUGGAGUCACCUGUGCUGGGACCCCUGGCCUGGACUCCAUCUCAGACCCCUUCAGCUGGAGUUGGAUCCCUGGCCUGGGGAGAGAUCCGGAUGCCUGGCCCCUGGGGGAGCUGGCCACCAAGCCCUCUGCAAGGCUGACCCCCAGUGUCCCCGAGAAAACCACCACCAAGGCCCCAGGGAAAGUGCCCAAGAGCACUAAGAAGUGGGUGACCAAAACUGCAAAGAGACCAACCACUCAGCCCCCUGUGAUGCCAACCACUAAACACGCCAGGGCCCCGGGCACUCAGGGUGCCCCUGAACUGACCUCACGCACCACCACAACCCUGACCUCAGAGGCCCCCCCCAGGCUGACCUCACACACCACUGCCACGCGCACUCCCCGGGCCCCCCGAGAACGGACCUCUAAGACCAUGGCAACGCCGACCACUCAAGGCCCCUGGGAAGUGACCUCCGAGGCCCCCAGCAAGCGAAUGCCUCAGGCCUCCAUGGAGCCAUCGGCCGAGAUCCCAGCAGAAGGUUCUCCAGAGUCAUCCAGAGACCCAGCCCCCUCUCCCACUGGGAGCAUGGCCGGGGGCUCUGGCCUCUUCCGGGUUCGUCUGGCCGAUGGGCCCAACCGGUGUGCCGGCCGGCUGGAGGUGUGGCAUGCUGGACGCUGGGGGACAGUGUGCGAUGACAACUGGGACCUGCGGGAUGGCACGGUGGCCUGCUGGGAGCUGGGCUGUGGAAGGAUCCGGCCCCGGGUGGGCAAAACCCACUAUGGCCCGGGGACCGGGCCCAUCUGGCUGGACGACGUGGGCUGCAAGGGAAGCGAGGCCUCGCUGAGUGACUGCCCUGCCAGGCUGUGGGGACAGCACAACUGUGACCACGAGGAAGACGUGGGGCUCACCUGCACUGGCCACGCAGACGAGGAGGAUUAUCCCCCCUGGACCUGGGACCCCACCUCGGGAGAGGACCUGGCCAAGGGGACCACCGCUGCAGGGCCGUCUGGACACACUCUCUCCUCGGCCAGCACUGGGAGGCCAGGGGCCUCCUCCCCAGCAGCCAGGCGCCUUCCAGGCACAGGUGACGAGGAUGAUUAUGAGCCUUCCUGGACAUGGGACGCACUUUCAGGAGGAGCCCUGGCCAAGGGGACCCCCACUGCAGGCAUACCUGGACCCACUCUUACCACUGGCACCACCAGGAGCCCAGGCCACGCCUCUCCAGUUCCAAGGGUCCGUGGGGACACAGGUUGCGCGAGGAAGCUGUGGCUCCCCCGCCGGCUGCUGCGGCCCACGGCGGCCAGGCCAGCGCCCCGCGCCCCCUGCCCAGCUCCCUCCGCCCCUCCCGGACCCCCGCGUCCGCCGCUGACCCCCGACUCGGCGCCAGAGCUCGUCCCCGAUGCAGCUUUAACGCCGGAGGUGACCUCUCACCCUCCUGGCACUUUGCCACCCAGCCCAGACCCGGCCUCCUGGAUGAACUCUCACCUCACCUUGACAACCUCUGGCCUUACUUUGUCCACCCCUGACGCCACCGCGGUUCCAUCGCUGACCCCUGAGCUCUCACCCACCCCACCACCCACCUCGCCUAAAGAACUGACGUCUGAUCCCUCUGCACCGGCAGUGGUGACCCACCUUUCCCCUACCUCAGAGCUGACCCCAGAAUCUGACACGACCCCAGGCAGGGACACAACUCCAUACCCUGUCAUGGUCCCAGAACAUUCCAGAUCCCCAGACACCUCCACGAGUCCUCACCCCACUACCACCCUUCAUCCCACCACGACCCCUCACUCCACCAUGACCUCUCACCCCACCACAACCUCUCACCCCACCACGACCCUUUACUCCAUCACAACCCGUCACUCCCCUAUGACCUCUCACUCCAUCAUGAUCUCUCACCCUACCACCUCCCUUCACUCCACCACGACACCUCACUCCACCUUAAUCUCUCACCCCACCAUGACUUCUUACCCCACCAUGACCCCUUACUCCACCACAACCCCUCACCCCACGACGACUCAUUACUCUACCUCAACCCCUCACCCCACCACGACCCCUCACCCCACCGUGACUCCUUAUUCCACCAUGACCCCUCACUCCACCAUGGCCACUCACUCCACCAUGACCUCUUACCCUACCACGAGCCCUCACCCCACCACAACUCCUCACUCCACCACAACCCCGCACCACACCACCACUCCUUACCCCACCACCACCCCUUACUCUACCAUGAUCCCUUACUCCACCAUGACCUCUCACCCCACCACGAGCCCUCACCCAGCCAUAACCCCUCACUCCACCAUGACCUCUUAUUCUGCUACCACCUCUCAACCCACCACAACCCCUCACCCCAUCACAACUCCUUACCCAGCCACGACCCCUCACCCCACCAUCACUACUCACCCCACCAUCACUACCCAACCCACCAUCACUACUGACUCCACUAUGACUCCUGACCUCACUUCAACCCCUAUGAUCACUACCAAGUCCCUUCUGACUUCCUUGGGAACAGAACUUCCCUUUCCUACUCCGGCACCAACAGACCAACCCAGCCUGCACCCCCGGUUCACCUCCAUGGGGGCCCCUCACCCCUCCACAUCCCAGAUGUUGAGCCUAGAGUCCUCUCCAUCCUCAGAGUCCAGCCUCUCCAGGUCCUCUCCAGCCCCAGGCGUGGACACACCAGCCACUGAGGACUUCAAACCACCCAGAAGCCAGAGCCCCAAACUAACUCCUCCACCUACCCAGACCCCACACUCAGCCUCAGACCCCACUGUGACCCCUGACCUCCAGCUGUCCCCCGUGGCCCACCCCUUGGAUCAACCUCCUCCUGACCACCUCACCCUAGGGCCAACCCCUGGUCAGGGCCCAGGCCCCCUUGGCCCAUGUGUGGUCCCAGUGCCACCUGUAAGGGUCAUGGCUUGUGAGCCACCUGCCCUGGUAGAGCUAGUGGCCGCUGUGAGGGACGUGAGUGGCCAACUGCAGAGGCUGACGCAGGCCCUGGAGCGGGACCAGCAGGAGCGCCAAGCCCUGGGACUGGGCCUGAACCAGCUAGUGGAGGCUGCCCAGGGUCUGGGGCAGCUGGGUGAGGUUAUGAAGAGACUGGCAGAGGUGGCCUGGCCCCCCAGCACAGCUGCACCAAUCACCACUACCCCAGAGGAGGAAGAGAGGCCUCUGAGGGGAGAUGUGUGACCCUAUCUGGAAUUUGAGGGGCUUAACACACUCCCAACCAAAAAAAGGAAAACCAAAGUAUCUAAUUAAAAACAAGAUGUGAAUGAUGUUUCUGGGGGACUAGGGGAACCCUGGAAAGAUGGAAUCACAA